UGAAGAGCGGCGGCAACAACUCUUGGCUCCCUGCAGCGCCGUUCCACCGAAAGGCGCUUCUGCUUUCUUUUUCCCGGCGACGCGAAUGGACAAGAGCAAUGGCGCCGCCGCAGGGAUUAGCGCGCCGCCCCCGCCGCCGCUCCACAUAGAUGAGCUGCCGUUCGAGGGCAAGAAGCCCGUCAAGAACCCCUUCGUCCCCAUCGGUGCAUUGGUCACUGCCGGCGUUCUGACUGCUGGUCUGAUCAGUUUCCGAUAUGGGAACUCACAACUGGGCCAGAAACUGAUGAGGGCGCGCGUGGUUGCUCAAGGCGCAACAGUCGCUCUGAUGAUCGGCAGCGCUUACUACUACGGUGAUCAAAUCAAGCUGUUCAAGAAAGGGUCUAACCCAUGAACUUCACUGGUUUUCAUUGGUACAUGGAAUGUCAUAUAUGCGCUGAAAUUUCAUCAGGAUCCUGCUGUCCGUCCUCCCUAACAUUGGGCUUAACCAUGUCAUUUUGGCCUGACAGGUGAUAGCUAACUAGAAAUCGUGAUUGGUUCGAUCAUCUGGCGUAACAAUAAAGCCCUUGUUUGUUGAUGAAAUUAUACGUCAUUUCAUACAUGUUUGGACAA